GCAUACGGACCAUUCAAGUGGAAGGUUGUUAAUCAAUCUUGGUGCUUUAAAACUUUGUAAAAUCGUCUAACGUUGUGUGUAGAACGCUUCUAACUAGUUUACGUCAGUUGCCUACAUUAGCCUAAAUAAUUAUUUAUUUAAUUAAAAAAAAAGUUUUGAAAUUUUCCUUAAAGUGGUUUUAAAGCUCUGUGCUCAAGUGAAAUUAAAAAAAAAACUUUAAAUCAGUUCAAACCGCAUAAAGAGCCGGAAAAUCAGUUUAAACUGAAUCAUUUAUUCUGUUUUGGUUUUCCAACCAAUUCAAUUUAGUUCCAAACUGGUUUACAAAUCUGUAGACAACUUCAAAGUUUUUUCUUCUUUUUCCAAAGCCUAAGAAAAGAAAUCCUAAACGGGAAUUAAUUCCUGCCUGUGAUUAACAUUUUAUGGUGAACGUCUUUAUGGGUUUUCAAACCGAAAAAUCAUCUUAUUUAUACAGAUUGUUUUUGCUGAUUGGACACUAUGGUGGUGGUGAUAAGCAUGAGCUUUGGGGGGGGAAGCACGAGGCUGAUCUUUGUAUGUAUAUAUUUUUCCCAAUUAUCUUGCCAAUUAUGCGAUAUCAUAGUCAAAAUUAUAAUAUAAAGCUGCCCCGUAUGCCAUGAAGAGUUCGAAGACUCUCCUUCAGAUGACAUUCAAUUUUUUGGCUUUACUUUGUGAGCUUCGUGUAGCUAUAUAGCUACCCCGCAGGAUGUUUGCAGAAUCGCGGAAUUUUGGUGGAUUUGGCAUAAACAAUGCGGUGAUUAUGGAUCAAUUAAAUUAAAUGCGCGGGAGAAUCAACAGAUGGAUGGUGGCAAAUAGACGCACAAUCCAGGUUUUAGGGGGUUGGGUACUUAUUUUUCCUGAACGUAUUUACAACAGCAACAAAAAACAAAGCAAAUUUGCACAUUGUAGAGGCUGAAUUAAUAUUUUUUAUCACACCAACAAGACAUUGCCCAUUUUAACGCGUGUUUUUCAAUGAUGUUGCCAACAGCUCGCGCGCUUUUUUUCCCCAGUGCGCGUCACUAUCAGCCGGUCGGGCACAAAUGCCCGAUUAAUGGGUCUCCACUGAGCUUGGGGAGCAACGCAACAGCGCGCUUUUAGACUUCGCGUGCCACACAUAGCGAGCCUCCAAAUCCAUCCAAUCAGCCACCACCAAGCAUGUCCCCACCUUAUCAAGUUUUUCGCUAUAAAAGCCCCAGCGUUGGCACCAGCUGAAUUAUUCAGUUCUCAAGUGGCUCCCACAGCGGAAGACCCCGAGUGUGGUUUUUCUCAUUUCCCCAAAAAACAAGAAAAGUUGAAAAAAAAAUUAGAACGUGGUUUCUUCACCAAUUAAAUCGCCUACGUAAAUGAAUUACACUGAACAGUUCAAUAAGCAAAUUUUCUACAGUGAAAAGCGCCAAAAGUCCUGGAAUCUCUUUGAUUACUUCUAGGAUAUAUUCACGUGUGCUGUUCCUAUAUCAAAUUUAUUUUUGAGUAAUCUCAAAAUCCAUUCUUCGGAGUAUUUUCAUUAAGAAAUUCAUCUCUCGUACAAAACUCAACAAUGCCUGAAGUCAUCGAGAAAUACUUCACCACACAAUUGCCAAGCCAGAUUGGUCACUAUGCCUCACCAAAGACCAUCCCUGUGUCUGCGGUGGCAACGAAGGCAGCUACUGCAGGCGUUUCAGCUGAACUGAGCCGUCUACCGCCGCGCGUACGAAAAUUCGUCGAGGAUUCCGUGGAAUUGUGCACACCUGAUCGUGUUCACAUUUGCGAGGGAACCGAUGCGGAAUAUCGUGGUCUUUUGGGAUUGCUGCAGCAACAGGGUACCAUUGUGCCGCUGCCAAAGUACGAUAACUGCUGGUUGGCACGCACCAAUCCUGCUGAUGUGGCACGCGUGGAAUCACGCACAUUCAUCUGCACGGAGACACGUGAGGAGUCAAUUCCAACACCCAAGGCGGGUGUUGCUGGAAGCUUGGGCAAUUGGAUUGCACCAUCAGACUACGAUAAGGCCAUCAAGGAUCGCUUCCCUGGAUGCAUGAAGGGACGUACAAUGUACGUGGUGCCCUUCUCAAUGGGACCCGUUGGAUCGCCAUUGGCUAAAGUUGGUGUGGAGAUCACUGAUUCCGCAUACGUUGUGGCCUCCAUGAGAAUCAUGACACGCAUGGGAAGAGCUGUGCUGGAACUCCUGCAGGAUGAUGAUAGUAACUUUGUGCGUUGCCUUCACUCAGUUGGUGCACCACAAUCGGGAAAAAUUGAUAUGCCAUCCUGGCCAUGUGAUCCCGAACGCACAAUUAUCCUGCACAAGCCAUCAGCUAAUGAUAUUGUCUCCUACGGAUCGGGAUACGGUGGAAAUUCCCUGCUAGGGAAGAAAUGCUUCGCCCUGCGCAUUGGCAGCACCAUCGCAAAGAGGGAAGGAUGGCUUGCGGAGCAUAUGCUCAUCCUGGGAAUAACAAAUCCCGAUGGGGAGAAGCGCUACAUUGCUGCGGCUUUCCCAUCUGCUUGCGGAAAGACAAAUCUCGCCAUGAUGACACCCACACUGCCUGGGUACAAAGUUGAAUGCGUUGGGGAUGAUAUUGCAUGGAUGAAGUUUGAUUCACGCGGGCAGCUGAGGGCUAUUAAUCCGGAGAAUGGAUUUUUCGGUGUAGCCCCAGGGACGUCUGAUGAAACUAAUCCAAAUGCAAUGAAGACCGUCUUCAAGGAUACAAUCUUCACAAAUGUUGCCUCAACAUCCGAUGGUGGUGUCUUCUGGGAGGGCAUGGAAGACACUUUGACGCCUGGCGUGAAGGUCACCGAUUGGCAGGGACGCCCAUGGGAGAUGGGGGUGACACGCACACCAGCUGCCCAUCCCAAUUCCCGAUUCUGCUCACCAGCUGCACAAUGCCCAAUCAUUGAUGCCGCCUGGGAGGAUCCAGAAGGUGUUCCAAUUAGCGCCAUUUUGUUCGGUGGACGUCGCCCAGCUGGUGUUCCACUUGUCUACGAAGCCAAUUCAUGGGCUCAUGGUGUCUUUGUCGGGGCAUCCAUGAGGAGUGAGGCAACAGCAGCUGCAGAGCAUCGUGGCAAGAUGAUCAUGCACGAUCCCUUCGCCAUGAGACCCUUCUUCGGCUACAACUUCGGGCACUACCUCAAGCACUGGCUCACAAUGGAGGAACGUGCCGAAAAGGCUGGUGGCGUUGCACCCAAAAUCUUCCAUGUCAACUGGUUCCGUAAGGAUUCCCAGGGGAAAUUCAUGUGGCCAGGAUUUGGGGAGAAUUGCCGUGUCCUCGAAUGGAUCCUUCGUCGUAUCGAUGACGAAGAGUGCUUCAGGGAGAGCGCAAUUGGUCGUAUUCCCACCGCCAAGGCACUCAAUGUGGACGGCCUGGGGCAGAAGGUGAAUCUCGAUGAGCUCUUUUCACUCCCCAAAGAUUUCUGGGAGCAGGAAGUCCAGGAUAUUGCCAAGUACUUUGAUAAUCAAGUUGGCAACGAUCUACCUCCGGCCAUUGCGACGGAACUCGAUGCUCUCAAGCAGCGCAUUGCCAAUUUGUAACAGACAUUGCAUUUAAACAGAAACAAACAAACAAAAUAAACCUUGUCCGUUAAAUUCUUAACCUCAAGGAACGUAUAAACUUAAAAAGAAAAUGAAUAUAUUACAGUAUAUAUAGGAAAGAUAGAAAGAAAUGAAUGAAAAAAGCAGAAAAAACAUAACUUGUGAUAUGAUUUUUGUAUAAUUUUUUUUAAUCUUAAUGGUACAUCAAUUUUAAAUAUAGGAAAAAUAAACUCUAUUUUUAUACCGGUA